CUGUUUUACGCUUCACGCACAAAUCACUCGCGCUCUCUCUUUUGGCGCCUACACGCGCACCGAAAUAUAAAGGACAAGCGGCGCGUGCGGGUUAGCAUAAAAAAAGUAGGAGGAGGGUUGCGCUCGGAUUUUCCCUUCUUCUUCUUUUUCUGAAUGGAGAUGAGUCGUGCGUAAAAAUAAAAAAGAAGAAGAAAGGCAUCCAUUGAAGAGAAAAGCCGUCACUCUCCCACCUGUUGGCAGGUGGUGUUUGGCUUUCACCCCGCGGACAUCGACUAUGACAUUGGGUUUGGACAUCAUGGAGGAUAUUGUUAUCGACGUAGUAGGGGAAGGACUCAAAGACAGCGGCGAGGAGCAGCUCCUACCUUUGGAUGAGUCGCGCAGCGAGCAGGAGCGCAGCGCGGGGAGCGCGGAGCGGGACACCUACAGCCCGGACCCGGAGAGUCCUUCCGCCGCCAAGAGCAAAGGUCCCGCGUCCGUGAAGCCCCCGUACUCCUACAUCGCGCUGAUAACCAUGGCCAUCCUGCAGAAUCCCAAGAAGCGACUCACCCUCAGCGAGAUCUGCGACUUCAUCAGCCAGCGCUUCGUGUACUACCGGGAGAAGUUCCCCGCGUGGCAGAACUCCAUCAGGCACAAUCUGUCGCUGAACGACUGCUUCAUAAAGAUGCCCCGGGAGCCCGGUAACCCCGGCAAGGGCAACUACUGGACCCUGGACCCCAACUCCUCGGACAUGUUCGAGAACGGGAGCUUCCUGCGGCGGAGGAAGCGCUUCAAGCGGCAGCAUUUCCGCUUCGACCCGCUGAAGGAGCAACACCUGGAGCCCAGCGGGCUGCACGGCUUCGCGCACGGCGUCUACGGGUUCGGCACCGCGGCUCUGCAGCUGCCCGGUCUGGAGAUCUACCCGUACCUGCAUCACCACGUGCACUCGCCGUGCGGGCCCGCCGCUGCCGCCAUCCCACCUGUCAGCAGCAUCCUGCCGGCGCUCUCCAGCUUCUUCUCGCGCAGCGCGCUCACCGCCAAGGCUUUCCUCCAGGCGCAGCCGGGCCUCGAAGCCUUCUCCCCGGCGCAGUGCUCGGCGUACUCCUCGCUGACCUCCGGCGCUGCCUUCGCGUCCCCGGCGCUCUUCCACCCGGCGGCGGCUCCGCACUUCCUCAGUUUACACCGGGAGUACCAGAAAGUACAGACUCAGCGCGGCGCCGCGGAGCUGCACGCCAAACACAUCCACGCCGCUCAUCAUUAGUCACGAUCCGGACUAUGAACUCGUGUUUUCUCAGGUAACAGAGACGGUGUCAGCGGGAUCAGCUCCAGGUGGGAGGCGUGAUGGACCUGCUUUCAAAGAAUGUUGUAUAUAUGUUUGGAGAGAAAAAAAUCUCCUUCUUCUCACUUUUAUGUCCAAAAAAACCCUUCUUUUUUAAAAUUUUGAUCUUGACUUAUCUUCAUUUAAAAAUAUGUAUAUGUAUAUAUAUUUAAAUGACAAGUUUGCUAUAUUUUUUUCUGGAAAGAAAUAAAAGUGAAUA